AUGGAUGCUUACUCUAUAUGUUGCACUAGUCCUUCCGCCAGGAAUACCUCCAAGAUCUAUCAAGAUUUGUGGUCUACCCGCCUGCACACCCAGGUUGACCUCGGCCAAGACAGACUCUUGAGGAAACUCGCUACCAUGGAAGGCUUCAGACAGCGCUGGAAGGGCGAUCUUGCCUCAAAACCUCACGUUGCUGUGGUCGGAGCCGGACUCGCUGGGCUCCGAUGCGCAGACAUCCUCCUGCAGCAUGGGUUCAGGGUCACAGUCAUUGAGGCCCGCAACCGUGUUGGAGGUCGCCUACACCAGGAGGUGCUCCCCAACGGACGCCUUGCCGACGUUGGACCCAAUUGGAUCCACGGCACCAAUGACAACCCCAUGCUGGACCUGGCUAAGCAGACAAAUACUGCGGUUGGCAGCUGGGACUUGACUUCAUGCGUGUUUGACGAAGAUGGUGAACUCUUCUCUGUUGAGGAUGGAGAGAAGUACUCGGAUGUAAUGUGGCAGAUUGUGCAGGAUGCCUUCAAGCACUCCAACAACUCGUCCCAGGACAUUGAUCCCAAGGAGAGCCUUCACGACUUCUUUGUCCAGAAAGUGGCCGAGAAGAUCCCCAGCACCGAGAAAGACUCCGAAAGGAAGCGAAGCAUUGUCAUGCAAAUAUCCGAGCUGUGGGGUGCCUUUGUUGGAAAGAACCUUUUCUGCGCUGGCACGUACAAGAAAGUGUUGGAUGCUGUCGCUAAGCCUGCGAUUGAGGGCGCCAAGAUCAAGUUCCAGACCAAGGUUGAGACGAUAUCGUACCGAACCGACCCUGAGGACAAGGCCAAGGUUCAAGUCAACGGCGGUCAAACUCUAGAGUUUGAUGAGGUUGUCGUCACGGCCCCUCUCGGAUGGCUAAAACGAAAUCUGGCCGCUUUCGAGCCUGCGCUGCCUGCUCGCAUGACCAAGGCAAUCGACGCGAUUGGGUACGGAUGCCUAGAAAAGGUUUACAUCACUUUCCCCAAGGCCUUCUGGCUCGCUCGUGAAGGCGACAACCGAAAGGCUCAGGGUUUCGUACAAUGGCUCUCACCCAACUACGUGACCGAGUCAAAUCCGAAGAGAUGGAAUCAGGAAGUCGUGGAGCUUGCUAGCCUUACGCCGGAGACGUCACAUCCUACCCUCUUGUUCUACACGUACGGCGAGCAAUCGCAGUACCUCACUGGCCAGCUGGCUGAGCUCUCGGACCCACGGAAGAAGGAUGAGUUCCUACUCAACUUCUUUAAGCCGUACUACUCGCGGCUACCUCACUUCUCGGAGACUGAUCCGGACUGUAAACCCACGGGGUUCAUGGCGACGGACUGGCUUCACGACGAGUUGGCCGGAUUCGGAAGCUACAGCAAUUUCCAGGUCGGGCUAGAAGAGGGCGAUACGGAUAUCCGGACCAUGAGAGAGGGUCUCCCGGAUCACGGGCUGUGGUUGGCGGGAGAGCACACGGCGCCGUUUGUGGGGCUGGGUACGGCAACUGGAGCAUACUGGAGCGGUGAGUCUGUGGGCAGGAGGAUAGCGGAGGCGUAUGGGCUCACAAAAUGGCAGGCUCAGCAGGACUGCUCUCAGAUGGCCAAUUCCAGAUGCUCGCGUGAGCAUAUUGUAUACAAGCGUUGA